UUUUAAUCAUAAAAACAACUCAUCUUUACCGAUUCGUCGAGAAACCAAUUCUUCUGAAACAAUUUCAUCAUUCAAUUCCGCUAACAAGAGUUAUGGCUACCAUUGAAUUGCUGCUAAUCGUAUGCCUAGCCGUCGUUGCGUCAGUGCGUGGGAUUUCCGAGGUCGACGCGCUCAACGCGUUUCGCCAGAGCUUGACUGACCCGGAUAAGGUGCUUGAGAACUGGGAUCCCAACCUCGUCAGCCCUUGCACCUGGUUCCACGUCACCUGCAAUGAUGAUGACCGCGUCACCCGCGUGGACCUCGGUAACUCGAAUUUGUCUGGUCAUCUAGUGCCUGAGCUUGGGAAGCUUGAGCAUCUUCAGUAUCUGGAGCUUUACAAAAAUAACAUUCAAGGGACAAUCCCGACUGAGCUUGGUAACUUGAAGAACCUAAUUAGCUUGGAUCUAUACAACAACAACAUAUCCGGCAAAAUACCUCCAUCACUCGGAAACUUGAAGUCACUCGUUUUUUUGCGUCUCAAUGAUAAUCGACUAAAUGGGCCGAUCCCAAGGGUUCUUACUGGUAUUUCUUCAUUGAAAGUUGUGGAUGUUUCAAAUAACAAUUUGUGUGGCACUAUACCUACCAGUGGUUCAUUUGAGCACAUCCCCUCAAACAACUUUGAGAACAACCCUCGCCUGGAAGGGCCAGAGCUGCAGGGGCUUGCUACUUAUGAUACAAACUGCUCAUGAAGAAAUGGGUGGUAGAUGAUGGACAGCUUCACAAAGCACAGCUAUCUCUAGUCUUGAUUAUGUUCUCUUAAAAUUAUGUGUGUUUGGUGUGUGUGCAAAAUGUGGCAUAAGAUGCUGUGUUAUAAAGUAACUACAGUUUUCAAGUAUGGAUGAAAGUUUUAACCCAAGAACAGCAAUGGGACAUCAAUGUAAAAUUUCAGUAUUGAGCUAUGUUAUGUUGCAUUUUACUGA